CUAAAUGGGUGAGGGGCAUUAAGGAGGGCACUGUUGGGAAGAGCUCUGGGUGUUACACGUAAGUGAUGAAUCACUAAAUUCUAUUCCUGAAAUCAUUAUUACACGAUAUGUUAACUAACUCGAAUUUAUAUACAUACAUGUAUGUAUCUGGCUCAGGGGAGUGGAUCUGUGCUGUAUUGGGCACAUGGUGCCCACUCUCAUGUCCAGAGCCGAGUCCUAGGUGGGGACAACAUAUCAACUGCCAAGCAACCUGCUGACAUUGGCUACAAGACCUUCUUUACCUCCAUGAUGCUCUUUGCUGUACAUGGGGACUACUUCUGCAGUGCCCAAGCCUACCACUAUCUCCAGUGGCACUGCUCCCAAUGCCAGGCUGCAGAAGAACAGGAGACCUCAGGAGUCCUGUAGAACUGGGGGGCUACUUUCCUUGAGCAGAGGGGCCUGAGGCAUGCUGUGGAAUGAUCUCACCUGCAAUCAUUUCCAAGUCAAGAGAACCAGGGCCUUAAUACUGCUGAGAAAA